GAGGCUGUCAGUGUCUGUGUCGGUGCCGCGAGAGGAAGGUCUUCGCCGAGCUCUCUCCCGGGGCUGCUGAGAGAGAGUGGUGCGGUCUUAUGAAUUUCUAGCUUUACAAGGGAUGUUAAUUACUGUAUUUUCCAUGGUUCGUAUAGUCAUUAGUACAGUGGCCUGAAGUGCUUAUAGUGCGUAUCGAUUCAUUAUGCUAAUGGUUUCUGUUGUCAGUGUUUUUGAGUAAUGAGUGGUAGUGAAUCACGAAAGCACAUUUGAAUAAGCAAGCAAAACAGCUAUAUAUAUCUUCACAGCUACUGCGGACAGUGAAAAAAAAAAAUUUUUGCGCAAAUGUGAGAAGAGUGAUGUGGGAAAACCCCAGUGGAAUUACACGUGAAAAUCGCAUGUAGCUAAAGCCUUAAUUACACACAUUACCUUGUUAUCUGCAUACUGGAUUUAGAUACACGGAACAAGGAAGACCACGUUCACGGGAAUCUGCAAAAGAACUCAUGACUUCAGCACCACUAUUCACGUAAUUGGGAUGCUUGAGAAUUUCUCUGCUGUGUCACAGGGAGUGACGAGUGGCAUCCACACAUGACAACAAGAGUUUCGGCAGCGCCUGUCAUCAGAGGAAAGUGAACCGUAAACUUAUGAACCGCGAUUAAUGUGAAAAUGCAGCAUGAGUUACGCAUCCUUUUAUACAGGCGAAAGAUGCAGGCAUUCGUGGCAUUUCCUAGUUGUGAUUUCCUAGAUGCCUAAUCCAGACCUCAGAGACGCGACCCAUGAAACAAAGUGCCAAAUGAAGUUGAAGACGACUCUCAGGCGUCACCCGUGGCGUCGGCGCAAGGUCAUCCCGUCGCCCCAUGACCUGGGCUACAGCCGGGACGCCGGCCACCUCGUCGCCGCCCGUCUCCACGGCUUCUCCCACGCCAACGCCAUCCCCCCCAAGAUUGACCCCGCUGUCUACAACGAGCUGGUGACCCCGAAGGACCCCGACAUCGGCAUGGAGACUCCGGACUUGGGGCAGAUCCUCUACACGACCCGGCCGUACGUCGUGGUGUGCCCCUCCAGCGACGACGACGACGACGAUGAGUUUGGCGAGGUGCGACAGGUUCCUAUCAGCCUGUACUACGACGCGUACGGCGACGUGAUCGAGGACGACGUGUGGGCUCACCUCGGCUCCUCCGCCGGCCGUGACGUCUUCUACGAUGAUGACUCUGACGACGAUGGCGACGACGAAGACUACGGGGCAAGGGCGGGGGGUGGGGCGAGGGACCGCCGGGGGGACGAAGGCGAGAGGGACAAGCGAUACCGCCGGGAGGGCGAGUUCAGCGGGAUGAGCGAGAAGGAAAAGGAGGCGUUCAGGGAGGCCAUGGAAUACUACUGGCUUGAAAAGGACGUCAUGGAAUUCAGUGACUCGGAGGGAAGGCUGGCGGAUAAGAUGAAUAAAGCAGUGAAUAAUAGCGAAGAGACACUGCUGGGGAGAUCAGAUAGUGAGAGGCCGUUACCCGCUCGCGGUGGGAGUGGGCGGGGCAUGUGGCCACCUGCAGGGCGGAGCCUGAGCAGCGAGCACCCGCAUGGCUCCUCCCACGAGUCCCAGGUGACACUCGACGACACCACCUGCUUCAUUGAUCCCCAGGACAUGAUAUGGGCCUCAAUGUGUGCAAUGUACCCGAGUGUUGCGUGGAAUAGCGUGGGCGUGCGGGGCGGGGCGGCAGACGGAGCCGGGGUAGAAGCGGCUAAGAAUCAUCAGUCUGCUAGUACCUGUGUUGCCGCCCGCGCGCCUCGUACACCUGCCGUGCCCUACGCUUAUACGGCCUCCGCCAGGCGCCGCUCACGUGUCAGAAAUGAGCAGAGGCCUUACGCUCCGAAGAACACCUCGGAUGACUUGAAAGUUUGGACAAGAAAAUCCCGCCGAAGCGAGUGUGAAGUGACGAGCGAGAGUAUGCCCAGCAUGCCCAGCAUGGAUCAGCUGUUUGUGAGGCGAAGCCGUAAUGAAGGUAGGGAACCUUCGCCGCAACCACAGCACGGUCCUACAGCCGCGGGCGCCACGCUCCCAGGCCACCCCACCCCCCACGCGCCCCUCACGCGGAUAGACUACGACAACCUGGCACCGGACUGGCACAAGCACAUGAGCUGGGAGGAACUUCGGCGCCCGAGCACCUUCAACGGGGUGGACGGCCUCAUGGGGAAGGCGCCCCACGCCAGCGAGUCCUCCCUGGCCACUGACAGCUCCGGCCACCCUCACAUACGCCACCACCUGACCGAAGGCGUUCGACGGUCAAAUGUAGGGGUUGUAGGGAGGCGUGGCGAGGGGGCGUGGCGUGGAGGGCCUCGUGGCCAGGCGAGCGUAACAUGUGGAGCACUGGGCCAGGCGGGACCCGGACCACCAGUCUCCACGCGCGCUCUGCCACGUGCACACACGCGCUCACGAACCACGCGCUCUAACAGUGUUACCGGUGAUUCAAGUGUUAACAGUGAAACGGACCGUGUUAGUAAGACGAGGAAUACGAGGAGUGGUAGUGUGACAAGUGUACAAGUGAGCCUCGGUGACGGUGAAUCAUGGCCCUCCCUCCGGGAUGGUGUGUGUGACGGAGAGUGUACGUGUGCCAUGCCCUGCAAAGUGUCGGGCAUUCCUGUAUACCAGGGGCGAGGGGGGGACCCUCCCCGGAACCCCAGGGAAGAUGUACCUCCUGCGGCUCCUACAGGAGGAGCUAGCGGGCGAGGUCGCGGCAACGGCCGCCGCGCUGGGAACAAUAACAAACCUUCUCCUUCUUCAUCAAAUCGCUCCCCGGCUUUCAUGGGUCGCCGUGGCAGCUUCGGGGCCCCCGGGACAUCCCGAAGCAGUGUCACGCAAGAGAGGGAAGUGGAUUUACCUCGCCGGGCAUCCCUGCCGGGCCCGGGAGUCGGCGCCCCUGUGCACUGCAGCACCUCGGAUGACUCGUUGAAGACCGGGAGUGCUUCCGGCCUGUCCUCACACCGAGCACGGUCCUCGCCGUCCCCCAUCCCGCGCUCCCCAGCAAGGGGAGCAUCUCCGGGCCUGGGGGCACGAGCGCCGUCGCCAGUCGGGCCAGGGAGGACUCCCACGUCGACACGACGGCGGGAGUCCUUAGGGGACACACGAACUCCACCCGCGACGCCCCUCGCCCGCCGCCCGCCACCACGGGCGGUAUACCAGGUGAGGCUCUCCCCUGGCGCCUCCGGGCGUGAAUCUGCGUCGGCCCACAAGGAAAAGUCAUCGUCUAAGCUCCCUGUCAUGUCCAGUAAAAGCAGCAAGGCCGACCCUCCCCCGACUGGCCAUCGUAGCUUUCCGCCGCGCCCGGCGAGCGGCAGGGCAGCAGCAGCAAGUCUCCGCGGAGGAAAAGAAACUCUCAGAGACAAGACGAGUAAUGAAGAGAGCAACAGGGGCGCGGGUCAGCUGGGCCACAGCUCUUUGAAACUUGACACCCCGCCCAAAGCGCUGUCCCUUUCGUUGUCUGUAAGUUCCCCGGAAUCUCCUGAAACGAAAGACAACACAAACGGCGGCGGCGACACGUCCCUCAACCUCAGCAGCGUGUCAGGGACGGCGGUCACGGACAGUGAUGCAACACCCGAUCGACAGAGGGAACCGUCGAGCAGAGUGCCGCCCGCCCGGACUGGCUCGGUGUCUAUGCUGCCCAAAUCGUCUUCUUAUGGGGAAAAACUGUCAGGGCUGGCAAGAUCGGGGAAUAAUCGGCUAACUGCUUCGUCCUCGAGACUCUCACCUGUCAGGCGCGGAAGUACUGACGCCGCGAAAUCGAGUGAAACGAGGCUGGAUCACACCCUGAGUGCCAGCUCUUCAAAUAUCAACGCAAAACCAGCCGUAACUCGUACGUUCUCGGGUCCGAAGAGUUCUUUAGUUUCGAACGACGGAGCAAGCAGGGCCAGGAUCGUCAGAAGGGUCAUGAGUGGCAGUCGAACGAAUCUCAGUAAGAAGAAAUCGAACUCCAAGACGUCUUUGGUGGUGGGUCGUCAUAACAUGUAUAAUCGCAGCAAAUCAGGCUCCAAGAACUCUCUCCUUGGUUCUCGAAACAACCUAUUCCGCGCGAGUCUCGAUUCCCAGAGGACAGAGAGCACCACAGAUUCGGGAUGCAAUUCCCCCCUGUACGGCAGCCAGUGCUCGCUCGACGGCGAACGGAAGCGGCACAAUUCCUCCCCUUCUCAGAACCUCCACAAAACGGCCGGUUCCUUCAGUUCUCGACAGUCCAAGUUCGACACAAGGACGAACAGGAGAGUGAUAAAAAAGAAGGAAAUCGGAAGCAGUAGCAACAGUGGCACACCUGCAUCGCUACCAAGAGGGACACCUGAUCCAGUCCCAGCCGUCAGUCCUGAACCAGAUCAGAAAACCACAAUCACUAAACCUGCACCUGUAGAAAAGGAUAUAGGGGCCGAGAAGGACGUAUACAAACCAGUCUCGGAGAGGGAACAGUGCAAGGCAGAUCCCGUGCACGAGGUGAAAAUCGUCCACACGCAUUCCAUGAGUAGCAGCCAAUUAGUCGACAGAAUGGAAAAGCCACCCGUGUCUGUCAGAAGAUCGUACAGCCUCCAGCUCCCUCGAGCUCGUCCAGCUCCUCUCCCCAAACCGGCAGCGAGUGAGCUACGUAGUAAGGAUGACACAAGGAUACGCAGUAACGAGGACAGCGUCGAAGAUGAGGGAAAAGAGAACCGACCCUUACCGGGCAUUAAUGUCUCGUUCCGCUCUGUCUCAUCACGCCCCCCUGACCAUUCUAGCAGCCAGAGAAUCCACUCUGGAAACAAUGAGGCGGAAACUGUGACUCGUGAUAAAAAGGAAAUAACCAAGGUUGCCAUAGUGGCUGAACCAAAGACCAGGGAAGAGAAAGGAAUUCAAGUGGAAGCCUCCAGUAGUGAAGAGGAGGAGGAUGAAGACGAUGAGGAGGACGACGAGGAGGAAGAUAAAUAUGACUUAGACGAGGAGGCGGAGCGGGAAGGGGUUCGAGAGAGCCGCGGUGAGGCAGGUAGUCAGAGGGGCAAAGAUGAGGUAAUGCCGGCCACUAAACCUCAGGUAGGAUAUGAGGGUCCGUGGAAUCUUCAGCGGCCCUUACCUGACCCAUUCAGCGAGAAGGAAGAAAGAAGCCGUCAGUCUACUGCUGACAAAGUGAGGAAGAACACCGUCGUCCAUAUAUCUGGUGAGCCGGAGGAUAACAAGCUCAGAGUGACAGAGAAAAAAGAGUGUCCAAGUGAAUAUGAGGAGAAUCGAAAUAAUGAAAAGGUGAUUCUCAAUGAAGAUGAUAACAAUCACUUGAUACAGCGUUUAGAAACCUCCCUAGCAGAUAUCAUCGACUCCGCUGUGCUUAAGAACCUGAAGAUAAAUGGGAAUAUAUUAACAGACCAGUUCGAUGCCAUCAUCGCCACGCUGAAGAAGGUGGCGGCGUCAGUUGACUCGGGAGAGUCAGAGGCUAUUCCUCUGAGUCACAGGAAUUCCGAGUGCGGCGUGAAGGGGCUUCCCAAGACCCCCGCAUCCCCCUUGACCCCCCUCACCCCGACGUCCAUCUCGUCCUCCUCCUCAUCGUCCAUGAGUCCCAUGUGCCCCUCCACCCCCCGGACCCCCACGUCGAAGGCCCCCCUCUCGCUGCUGUCGAUCAACGAGUGUUAUCCCGGCCAGAUGACCACGCCCCCGGCCCUGCCAAGGAGCAGGAAGUUGUCUCUGCCGAGGGACACGCUCCAGGAUCACUCGCCGACUCUGGCGGAGCUGGCUCGUCGCCUACAUGCUAAUCCUAAUCACCUGAAGGCUGAUCAGGAUUAUGUGGAUUUCAUGGAUCUGGAUCAGCCAUACGUUACUCCCCCGCCCACAGGGCCCAGCACCAGCGAUCUCAUCAGAGGCGAUCCGACACCUAAAAGUUUCGGCAGGAAAAACAGCACCGGGUCUCUGGGUCUCUCCUCGUGCGCUUCCCUUCUGGAGGAUAAUUCCUACUACAACGGCGGACCCACAACGACGGCCAGUGUGACGAACCUGAAUUCCUCCGAGGAUUACGCUAAUGUUUUCGGAUCACAGCAGAGCGCCUUCCGGAAAGUCCACAGCACCUCCAACGUGAACGGCAGCGCCUCAGGUGGCUCGCAUCGACUCUUCCAGCGCCACCUGUCGUUCGGUGGCCCCGACGACGUGCAUACCGACAACAGGCUCAGGAAGAGUCUGUCAAAGAGUCGGGAGUUACUGAGCCAGCUGGAAAAUGAAUACAAGAAGAUCAAGGGCGACGAAAAUAAAAGUGCUCGGAAUUCCCUCGUCAUCGACCAGAGUUGGCUGGACAAAGAUUUCGAUGAGCUCCUUCAGACCUUAUCGAAUGACAAGACGAUCCAGUCCGAUCCUCACGAAGCCUUAGCUUUCCUUACUAACAACAACAACAACAACAACGCCAACGCCACAUCCUCCUCAGUCACAUCCUCCGUGAGAAACGACAAAUGGAAGGCCUCUAAGAAGGACAUGCCUCCACUGCCGUCAGCGGACAGCCCUCGGACCAAGCGCCAGCAUGGGCAGGCGGGGUCCGAGGGGCGUCAUAUCUUUUCGUUCUUCCAGAAGAAAGGCCGGAGCCAAAGUCUCUCCGGCACGGAAGCGAUCAAGAUAGUCUUGCCCGUCACCCCUGAAGACGGUCCCCAGGGGGGCCAUCAGGACAGGGCGGCUUACUGGCCCCAGGGAGUUCACCAGCACGAAGGGACGGCCCCGGGGUCACGCAGGGUGACCUACGAGAGCGCGACCUUGGAUCGUCCCGGGCGAUCCAACCGAAGUAACAGCAUCCCUUCGGGGGCGCCGCAGGCCUCCGCCGGGAAUGCGUUACCGCUUGACCUCGUAGGAAUCCUCAGGAAAGGUAGAAGCAAAUCCUUGUCGAAGGCUGCUAGCAAGGAGGGCCAACCAGAGGACUAUGUGGUGGAGAACGGCGAAGAGGGCGGUGGAGAAGACAGCCAGCUGGGGGAGGGGGAGGAUGAGCCAGCUAAACAAAUGCGGUCACUCUCCCUGCCCAAGUCCUUCCUCUCGGAUAAAUACGGUCUCACCGGGUUCAAGGCCGCCCUGCCAAGGCCUUUCUAUUACACAGUGAUUGGAAUUCCUCUUUAG